UGCCCAUGAAGCUCUCGGUGCGCGCAACAGCAGUCGCAUAGCAGCGACAACAUCCGGGCCCAAUGAAUCAGCCCUUGGAGUAAUAGCCACCAUGCUCUCUGCGUUCACUGCCCGGCCUAUUGUCGAGCUUAAACAGCGCGACAAGUCCAAGAUCGAGUCGAUCCUCGCAUAUGGCGAUCGCGUGCUUGUGGGACUCAACACGGGUUCCUUGCGCAUAUACCGUGUGAACGACCAGAUCGAAGACGUCGAAGCCGAGCGCCAGCAAAAUGGCUACCAGAACGGUCAACCGCAGCAGCCCCCGACGCCCAAGCCCAAGCCCGCAGACCUUCUCCGCGAGGAAGAGAAGUUCUCGCGCCGGCCCAUACAGCAGCUAGCCAUCAUCAAGGAAGCCAACAUUCUCAUCUCGCUGUCGGACAACUAUGUCUCGAUCCACGACAUCCAAACGUAUGCGCUGCAGGAGAGGCUGGAGAAGACAAGAGGCGCCACUACAUUUGCCGCGGCUAGCAACAUUGUCAAGGAUCCAUCGACUGGGAUCCCGUCAAUUGUGAGCCAUCUGGCUGUUGCGGUGAAGCGAAAGAUUAUACUAUGGACAUGGCAGGACAUGGAGUUGACAGGUGACGCUGUGGAGAUAUCACUGAUUGCGUCGGUCAAGAGCUUGACGUGGGCUACGGGCACCAAAAUUGUCGCUGGCAUGGACCCUGGCUUCGUCAUGGUCGAUAUUGAAACACAGGAGGUACAAGACAUCAUCAAGCCAGGUGCACUCGCAGAGAAUGGAAGUCAGGGCGGGGCGCGCUUUGGUGCAGUGUCAUCUUCGGGCAUGGGAUACAUGGGCAUGGGCAGCUGGGUACCGAAGCCUCUGGCAACACGGCUUGGAGAGGGCGAGAUGUUGUUGGCCAAGGAUGUCAACAGCUUGUUUAUUGAUACGGAUGGCAACGCCCUUGACAAGCGGCAGGUGCCCUGGCAAACUGCUCCUGAGACCAUCGCCUACUCGUACCCAUACAUGCUUACGCUACAGCCGCCUUCAAAAGGAAGUUUGGAAAUCAGGAAUCCGGAUACACUUAACCUGCUACAGCUCAUCCCGCUGCCCAACGCCAACUUCCUCCAUGUACCCCAACCCAACAUUAGUCUGGCCCAUGCGGGUAAAGGUUUCUUAGUCGCCAGUGAUCGAUGCAUAUGGCGAAUGGGAGCACAGAGCUAUGAGACGCAGAUUGAUGAACUUGUCGCUAAUGGACGCUAUGACGAGGCGUUAAGUCUUCUCAAUAUGCUCGAAGACACUCUGCUUCUGGACAAAGAAGAAAGAAUACGGGAGAUUCAGAUACUAAAGGCACAAGCAUUGUUUGAUCUAAAAAAGUAUCGCGAGGCAAUGGAGCUCUUCAUUGACGCAAAAGCACCACCCGAGCGCGUCAUUGCCCUGUAUCCAAGAUCGAUAGCUGGAAACUUGGCGCCGGAGGAGAGCGUCAAGGGCGAUGGAAGCGUUACAGAGGAGGAGGAAACAAACGGGGAGAAGCCUACAGAGGAAUCUGAAGAAACAACGACUCCUGCUGCUGCAACGAUUGGGCGAUCGAUGAUGGGCCGGUUUGGUGUUGGUGGACACAAGAAGGUCGACUCGGACACUGCCUCUAUCCGGGCUGGCGCUGUCAAAGACGAGGCGGCGGCAGAAAAGGGUAGUAUCAAGAAGAGGACAACGGAUCCAGCCCAGCCCGACAAAGCAGUGUCGGAAAAGGAGUUCAAAGACUCUGUGCGUGCGUUGCAGUCGUUCCUUACACAAUGUCGUGUGCAGAUUAAACGCUACAUUGACACAGAGGGGAACUUGAAAGAGCCCUUGCCCACACCUAGCGGCAGCCAGUUGGAGGCUGAGAAGCCACCUUUUCACAUUUUCAUCGAAGAGACUUCACUGCAGGGUCCGGUAGACUGGAAGGCCAAGCUGCUCGAAGUGGCGCAGCUGGUGGACACAACCCUGUUCCGGGCGUACAUGAUUGCGAAUCCCAGUGUAGCAGGCUCGCUGUUCCGCCUCCCCAACUUUUGUGAGCCAGACGUUGUUCAGGAAAAACUGUACGAGACUGGCCGGUACGCGGAUCUGAUUGACUUUUUGCACGGCAAAAAGCUUCAUCGACAGGCACUAGAAUUGCUGGAGAAGUUUGGCAAGAACGAGGCGGACGAGGAGGUUUCGUCUGCGCUGCAGGGGCCACAGCGUACGGUGGGCUACCUACAGGCGUUGCCUCCGGAGCUGAUUGAUCUCAUUCUCGAGUAUGCUGAAUGGCCGCUGCAGGUGAAUCCAGAGCUCGGAAUGGAAGUGUUCCUUGCGGACACGGAAAACGCGGAGACGCUGCCGAGAGACCGGGUUCUCGAUUUCUUGCAAAAGAUUGAUCUCAAGCUGGCGGUUAGGUACCUAGAGCACAUUAUCGAGGAACUCAACGACCUUAAUGUCGACUUUCACCAGCGACUGGUUGAUUUGCUGCUGGAAAGGCUCAAGAGCGGGGAUUUUGCUAACGAGGAGGAGAAGGAGGAUUGGAAGGAGAGAUUGCAGACGUUUUUGAAGAAGGGCAAUGCACAGUACAAUCGGUAUCGUGUGUUUCAGCAACUUCCGGCUAACGAUGCGGAUUACUAUGAAGCACGUGCCAUUGUGUUGAGCAAGAUGGGAUCGCACAAGCAAGCACUGGCAAUCUAUGUGUUCCAGCUGAAGGACUACAAGAAAGCCGAGGAAUACUGCAACCAAGUCUACACAGCACCACCAUCGUCUCUCCCACCCAACCGCUCACCGCAGAUCGGAUCACCACAGAUUGGAUCAAACAUUCAAGGGACAAUUGAAGACACUGAGCUGUCCAUCUAUCACGUGCUCCUAUCACUGUAUCUUUCACCGCCACCUCCACACCAACCCAACUGGCCUCCUGCCCUCGAACUGGUUUCCAAGCACGGCGCACGAUUGCCAGCAGCGACAACCCUGGAUCUGAUCCCGCCUAGUCUGCCCGUCAAGGAUCUUGAGUCGUACUUCUUUGGACGGAUCCGCAAUGCAAACUCGCUUCUCAACGAAGAGCGCAUUGUUUCGCGGUUGCGAGGAGUAGAAAAGGUGGCAGUCGAGGCAGCAAUGCUACUUGGAAAUGACAACAAGACAGACCAAUACGGACGCAAGGUGCCGGGUGGAUUGAAUAGACGAGUGGUGAUUGACGAGGACCGGCAUUGUGCCGUCUGCCACAAGCGGUUUGGCGGAAGCGCGAUUCGCGUAUUCCCAGACAACAGCGUGGUGCACAGCGGAUGCAUGCGGGGCAGCGUGGGCAAGAGAACGACUGGGGCGGCGGGAUGGCGGUGAUGGCGCGUAGAAGGUCUGUAUGGAUAGUAUAUACCCAUGAAUCGAAUAGCAACUGUCUUGUAUAUGUGUGCAUGCGCUCAGUCGUCGUCGACCACCUCCUCGCCAUACGUCUCCUCGUCCUUUGCAUCGUCGGCAGCCUUGUCGUCUGCCAUUUUCUGGGUGAGGAAGUCGUUGACGUCUUUUUGCAUGGUUUUCAUCGCUGAUGCGAGCGCAGCCAGGUAGGCGACGCGGUCGGCAGUCGAGGGUGGUGAAGCCAGAGCGGGGAGGUCGGAAGAAAAGGAGUGGGAAGGGGAUGUGGGAGAGGCGUAGGUUGCUGUUAGGGCGGGCAUAUUUUAUGUCGGGGGGAGGGAUAUGUAGGGGGUGGUGGUGAAGGAGGACAAGGAGGAGGAGGAGAAGAAGAAGAAGAAGAAGAAGAAGAAGAAGAAGAAGAAGGAGA